CGUCACGUCAACCGAAGUAUUUACAACAACUCUACCAUCCUCGCAUCUAUGUACCACAACCUCCAACAACGAUUUUGCUCAUCAUUGCUGGACAUACACGAAUCAUUGAUUGGCAUGGCUCUGGAUCCGCGAUUAAUGCCCGGCGUGGCUGCAGAAAUGCGCAGCAUCAGAUCGUCUGCCUCAACACCCUCUUUGCGUGGAAGCAUCUCUUCAUUAAAGAUGGACGGCGGAGGAAACGUCAAGGUGGUGGUGAGAGUUAGGGCCUUUCUUCCUAGAGAAAUCCAACGAGGCGCAGAAUGCUUGAUCCAGAUGAAUCCAGUGACCCAAGCAACCACUUUACUUGUUCCCAACGAUACGGAUCCGGCAAACAAGCAAUCAAAGAUGCGGAGAGCUCUGGAAGAGAAGACUUUCACGUUUGACAACUCUUUCUACAGCCAUGACAUCGCGAACGAGCACUACGCGCAUCAAGAGGAUGUUUACAACAGCUUGGGAGAAGAGUUCUUGGAUCACAACUUCGAAGGAUAUCAUACUUGCAUAUUUGCCUACGGUCAGACUGGUUCUGGAAAGAGCUAUACUAUGAUGGGUACUCCUGAUCAGCCAGGUUUGAUUCCAAGAACCUGUGAAGAUCUCUUCCAGCGAAUCGAAGCAGCACACAACGAAACUCCCAAUAUCUCCUACAACGUCCGAGUGUCCUAUUUCGAGGUAUACAACGAGCACGUCCGCGAUCUACUUGUACCUGUCCAAAGUAACCAACCCCCAUACUACCUCAAGAUUCGAGAAUCGCCUACAGAAGGACCCUACAUCAAGGAUUUGACCGAUGCACCCGUCAGAAAUUACUCUGAAAUCAUGAAGUAUAUGCGUAUCGGAGACGCUAGCCGAACCACAGCAAGCACAAAGAUGAAUGAUACGAGUAGCAGAAGUCAUGCCGUCUUUACGAUUAUGCUCAAGCAAAUCCAUCAUGAUAUGGAUACGGACGAAAGCACUGAACGAGUAGCGCGCAUACGUCUGGUAGACUUGGCAGGCAGUGAGCGAGCAAAGGCAACAGAAGCUACCGGAGCCAGACUCAGAGAAGGAAGCAAUAUCAAUAAAUCACUUACCACUCUUGGACGUGUCAUUGCUGCACUUGCUGAUCCGAAACAUCAGCGUCCCGGCAAGAGAAACAAGGAUGUCGUCCCCUAUCGAGAUUCGAUCUUGACCUGGUUGCUGAAGGAUUCUCUUGGAGGAAACAGUAAGACGGCAAUGAUAGCCUGUAUUGCACCAUCCGAUUAUGACGAGACCCUAUCCACACUCCGAUACGCCGACCAAGCCAAGAGAAUCCGUACUCGUGCUGUUGUCAACCAAGACCACAUCUCAGCCGCUGAACGUGAUGCUCAGAUAGCUGCUAUGGCUGAAGAGAUCCGCUUACUUACUCUCAGUGUGUCCGACAGUCGUCGGCGAGAGAAAGAGACGAUGGAGCAGGAGGAAAAAUUGGAGGAAUAUCAGCACAGUGUGACCGUGCUCCAACGAAUGAUGGAAGAGAAAGAGAUGAUUUCAGAAGGGAAGAUUCGAAGCUUACAGACCGAGAACGAAGCAUUGAGAAUGCAUGUUAAGCUUCUGACUGAGACAAUUAAGAACCCUAUCGAGAUCAGAAGCGCUAGAAACAGCGUUCAAGGUGGAAGCAGAAAGGCAAGCCUUUUGAACGAUCAGGCUGUGGGUGAUGAGAACAAGGAGAACGACGACGAGACCGAAGUCCCGGAUGACGAAUACGGCUACGAUGAGGAAGGUGUUGACAUUAGCAAGCACGAGGAGAAAGCUCAUGAAACACAAAAGUCUAUGAAGGACCUCUUAAGACAGUUAGGCUUGUUUAAGAGAAAAAUUGGCGAUGACAAGGCAAGAUUCAUCAAGCCAUUGGGCGAGAGGAUGAAUGUUUGAGUGAAAUCAUGUCGAUGAUGAAGUGGCCAGGAAGCUUGGCAUUGCAGCAACAGGCACUGGAUACAUAAUGUCAGGAAUGGACGAGUAUAAAUGGAUGUAUUGUACGCAUAGGAUGAUCAGCAGAUUCAUACGAUGGGCAGGGUCCUCAUAGCGAUGGCGUUUCUGGCUUGUCAGUAAGGCUUAUGUAGUAACGAAUGAAUCA